AUGACUCACGUGCUAGUGUUAGUGAUCCUAUUGUGUGCGAAAUGGACUGUUAACGCACAGUUUGGGAGUAUGUCGCUUAAUGUAGGUUUCUAUGAAGAAAGAAGUAAUGAUGCGGACGCAGAUAGUAUACAGGCUCCAUGUCCAGUUAACACUACAUGCGUACCGAUAAGUUCAUGUCCACUGCUAGAAGACUUGUUAGAUUUCUCUUGCUUCACAUCAGACAGAUAUUUCCAUCGAUUGAACGAACUGACGUGCGGUCGUGUAAACAACGAAGACUACAUUUGUUGUCCAUCUUGUGACUGUGAUGGUCUAAACGGCCCUCAAUGCGGCCGCAGCAUGGUCAGAGGAUCAAAUUACAGUGGAUUAGGAGCUCAUCCCUGGGUCGCCCGAGUUGGUUUUACACAUAAAGAUACGGGUAAUGUGAGAUUUGCAUGCAGUGGUUCUAUUAUAUCUAAAAGAGUUGUAUUAACAGCGGCGCAUUGUGCUUUAGCAAAGCCUGAAGGAUACAAACUAUCGACCGUGGUAGUUGGAGAAUGGGAUAUCGGCAAGAGCCCUGACUGCAAUGAAUACUUCUGCGCCCCUCCGACGCAAGCCAUCAAGGUGGAGACUGUGAUCGUUCAUCCCGGCUAUGAGCAGAAGAUUUUCCGUCACGAUAUAGCGCUCAUCGUAUUGAAGGAAGAAAUCACGUAUUCAGUAACUUCUGCACCGAUUUGCCUCAACGAUAAGCCCGAGAUCGUAAUUAACGAACGUGCAUCUCUCGUUGGAUGGGGCAAGCUCUCUGGCCAAACAAAUGUGGUGAGUCGUCAGCAACUCCUAGACGUUCCUCUGGUUCCGUUGGAGCACUGCGAGAGGAUCUUCGGGGAGACUGUCCCAGUGCAUGAAGGUCAGCUGUGCGCGGGCGGGGAGGAAGGCAAGGAUGCUUGCUCUGGAUUUGGAGGGGCGCCCCUGUUGUUUAUGAGGGACAACGUGUAUGUGCAAGUCGGUAUAGUUUCCUUCGGAUCAGAGAACUGUGGAAGCGAAGGAGUCCCGAGCGUUUACACGAACGUAGCUCACUACCACGACUGGAUUGUCAGCAACUCGCCUAGAUAUUAG